AUGAAUACAGAUGCGAGUGCCGAAGGUUAUGGUGCGAUCCUUAUACAAAGAGCAAAUAACGUACCCCAUGUAGUGGAGUACUUCAGCCGGCGUACAUCUGAGGUAGAAUCUCUCUUUCUAGCAGCAGCUAGCACCUACAAAAACGUGGAAAAGCUGAAUGACUCGGACGCGCUUCAAGGACUCCCGCUUAUCCUACGUGAUGAAGCAGCAGAAUGGUGGCAAGGCGCGAAAACAGGUGUAGAGAACCGGGAAAAAUUCUGCGACAUAUUGCGCCAUACCUUCGCUCCCCGCAAACCAGCAUAUAUGAUUUGUCAUCAGAUCACACAUGGGGCCCAGCAGCCUGAUGUCACCACCGAAGCGUUUAUUGCCAAGAAGCGAGCGCUGUUUGCAUCAUUGCCCCCUCCCGCUCUUACUGAAACACAACAAAUAGUUCUAGUGUUCGCUCUCAACUGCACCACCUGCAAGAAAUCGUCACCCAUCAAAAAGGAAGACUUAAGGUUUUGUGCCAUCGAUGUACAGUUAGAGGCAGAUUCCCGACCAGUUGUGUUCGUGGAGAUCGAUGGAAUAAAAGGUACUGCGUAUAUCGAUACCUGCGCGAAGAUGAGUGUCGCAUCGUACUCUUUGUAUGUGACGCUGGCUGAACGUGGAUGCAAGUUCGAAGAACAGCCAGUCAACUUAACACUAGCCGACGGAGUAAAGAAAAGUCAAAGAGUGCUAAAGUGCAGAGCAGAGGUUGAUUUAUUGGGUCAUAAGGUUCAAACGACAUUCAUCGUGCUACCCGAAGCAAAGGAGAACCGUCUGUAUAGACUAUCGCUUAUUCAAUGCGAUAACUGUACCCGACCCAUACCCCAUACCGAGGAUUGAUGAUCUCCUGCACGAAGCAAAACCAACGCCUUAAAUAUCCCUGCUAGACUUGAAAGCUGGGUAUUGGCAGAUUGGUGUUCAAAAAGAAGACCAGGAUAAGACGGCAUUCAUCAAACCCCUUUUGGCGUCUACAAAUUCACUCGCAUGCCGUUUGGUUUACGGAACGCUCCAGCAACAUUUCAGCGACUCAUUAACCGCAUGCGAGUAAGUAUGCCGGAGGUGAAGCUAUUGGCAUAUUUGGACGACCUGGCCAUAUUUUCACAAACAUUUGAAUCUCACUUGGAAGACUUACAAAAGGUUUUCAAUCACCUAAAGGAAUUUAGCCUUACCGCAAACCGAGCGAAAUGCCAUUUUUUCUGUUCCACCAUAAAAUAUUUGGGACACUAUAUCACGCCGAACGGUCUACAAGUGGACCCUGAGAAGACCGCAGCGAUCGCAAAGCUGCCUGCGCCCUCCAACCUGAAACAUCUAGUUGCAUUCCUGCAGACGUGUUCGUGGUAUAGGAGAUUCAUAGAAAACUUUGCAACGAUUGCGGAACCCCUGACUCGCCUAACAAAGAAGAAUGUUCGUUGGGAGUGGACAGAGGAACAGCGAAACGCCUACAAUGAGUUG